UCUCACUAGAAAACUUCCACUUGCAAGUUUGCAUGCAUCUCUCUGGCUCUGUUCUUCUUCUUCUUCUGUGAUUCUGAUUCUGAUCCUAAAACCUAACCAACCGCUUUGAUCCACCCAAGUUUGGCGAUUCUGCACUUCUCAAAUGGCGACGGCCGUGCUACUCAGAUCCUUUCGUCGCAGGGAUCUAUCUUCUGCUUCUCUUUCCUCAUCAUAUAAACUCCUCACAGGAAAUUCCAAGUCCUCAUGGUUCUCAACUCAUUUGGCCAGAUCAUUUAGUUCCAAGUCGAUUGGUAAUGAUGUAGUUGGAAUUGACCUAGGCACUACAAACUCAUGUGUUUCGGUUAUGGAGGGAAAGACACCAAAGGUGAUUGAAAAUUCAGAGGGAUCCCGAACUACUCCAUCUGUUAUUGCUAUUAGUCCAAAAGGAGAGCUGCUUGUCGGUACCCCUGCCAAACGUCAAGCAGUGACAAAUCCAACUAACACAGUUUUUGGGACCAAGCGUCUUAUAGGCAGAAAGUUUGAUGAUCCUCAAACGCAGAAGGAAAUGAAGAUGGUGCCUUACAAGAUAGUUCGUGCCCCUAAUGGAGAUGCAUGGGUUGAAGCCAAUGGGCAACAAUAUUCCCCAAGUCAAAUUGGGGCAUUUGUUCUAACUAAGAUGAAGGAAACUGCAGAGGCGUACCUAGGGAAAACUGUUACAAAAGCUGUAAUUACUGUACCGGCCUAUUUCAAUGAUGCCCAGAGGCAAGCAACGAAGGAUGCAGGUAGGAUUGCAGGCCUGGAUGUCGAGAGAAUCAUCAACGAACCCACUGCUGCUGCUCUUUCUUAUGGCAUGAACAACAAGGAGGGACUGAUAGCAGUCUUUGAUCUUGGCGGAGGAACAUUUGAUGUCUCCAUUCUGGAGAUAUCAAAUGGUGUUUUUGAGGUGAAAGCAACAAAUGGCGACACGUUUUUAGGAGGAGAAGAUUUUGACAACACUCUUCUUGAGUUCCUUGUGAGUGAAUUCAAAAGAACAGAUGGAAUUGAUCUGUCAAAGGACAGACUUGCAUUACAGAGGCUGAGGGAAGCUGCUGAGAAAGCUAAGAUCGAGCUAUCCUCGACCACCCAAACAGAGAUCAAUCUCCCAUUCAUCACUGCUGAUUCAUCUGGUGCAAAGCAUUUGAACAUCACAUUGAGCAGAUCAAAGUUGGAGAGUUUGGUGAAGGACUUAAUUGAGAGGACUAGAAUUCCUUGCAAAAACUGCUUGAAAGACGCAGGGGUUAGUACCAAGGACAUUGAUGAGGUUCUUCUCGUGGGAGGCAUGACCCGUGUUCCAAAAGUUCAAGAGGUUGUAUCAGAAAUCUUUGGUAAGACUCCAAGCAAAGGUGUAAAUCCUGACGAGGCAGUCGCCAUGGGAGCUGCCAUUCAGGGUGGUAUUCUUAGAGGCGAUGUCAAAGAAUUGCUUCUAUUGGACGUCACUCCUCUCUCACUCGGUAUUGAAACCCUUGGCGGUGUAUUCACGAGGUUGAUUAAUCGAAACACCACCAUUCCCUCUAAGAAGAGUCAGGUGUUCUCAACAGCUGCAGACAACCAAACUCAGGUGGGAAUUAAGGUACUGCAAGGGGAACGUGAGAUGGCAUCAGACAACAAAAUACUGGGCGAAUUCGAUCUGGUCGGAAUCCCGCCAGCACCGAGAGGCUUGGCCCAGAUUGAAGUAACGUUUGAUAUCGACGCCAACGGUAUAGUGACAGUGUCUGCAAAAGACAAAACAACGGGAAAAGAGCAACAGAUCACCAUAAGAUCUUCUGGAGGGCUUUCGGAAGAUGAAAUCGAGAAGAUGGUGAAGGAAGCAGAGAUGCACGCCCAGAAGGACAAAGAAAGGAAAGCCUUAAUCGAUCUUAAGAACACUGCCGACACCACAGUUUACAGCAUAGAGAAGAGCCUGAACGAGUAUAUAGACAAGAUCCCGUCUGAAGUGGCGUCUGAGAUCGAGUCGGCUAUUACCCAUUUGAGAAACUCAAUCGUCACAGAAAACGUGGACGAGAUAAGGGAAAAACUUGAUGCGGCGAAUAAGGCUGUGUCGAAGAUCGGACCACACAUGUCGUCCGGUGGCGAACAGACUCCUCCUCCCGAGGCCGCCGACUACGAGGAUGUAAAGAAUAAGUAAAAGUGUGCAUGUUUUUGCAUGCAAAUUAAUAAAAGCUGUGUAC